GUAGAGCAGAGGAAACUUCUUUUGGAUAUGUCUGUCUCCUUCCACACUCAUACCAAAGAGCUGUGGACAUGGAUGGAAGACCUGCAGAAGGAGCUUUUGGAAGAUGUCUGUGCUGACUCUGUAGAUGCUGUUCAGGAACUCAUAAAGCAGUUCCAGCAGCAGCAAACAGCUACGCUUGAUGCCACCCUCAAUGUCAUCAAAGAAGGUGAAGAUCUAAUCCAGCAGCUCAGGUCAGUUCCUUGGGCACAACGGGACACAUCUCAGAAUUCCAGAGAUUCAGCUGUCUCUAACAAUAAAACACCACAUAAUAGUUCCAUCAGCCACAUUGAAUCUGUCCUCCAACAGCUGGAUGAAGCUCAGGUACAGAUGGAAGAGCUCUUCCAUGAGAGAAAAAUUAAGCUGGAUAUCUUUCUUCAGCUCCGGAUUUUUGAACAGUACACCAUUGAGGUGACAGCUGAAUUAGAUGCCUGGAAUGAGGAUUUGCUACGGCAAAUGAAUGAUUUCAACACUGAGGAUCUAACUUUGGCUGAACAACGUCUGCAGCGGCAUACGGAGAGGAAGCUGGCUAUGAACAAUAUGACCUUUGAGGUCAUCCAGCAAGGACAAGAUUUGCACCAGUACAUCAUGGAAGUGCAAGCUUCAGGCAUUGAACUGAUCUGUGAGAAGGACGUUGAUCUAGCAAUCCAAGUGCAAGAGCUGUUGGAGUUUCUUCAUGAGAAACAGCACGAGUUGGAGCUCAAUGCUGAUCAGACGCACAAACGGCUAGAGCAGUGCCUUCAGCUUCGGCACCUGCAGGCAGAGGUUAAGCAGGUGCUUGGCUGGAUCCGUAAUGGAGAAUCCAUGCUCAAUGCCAGUCUUGUCAAUGCAAGUUCUUUGUCAGAAGCUGAGCAGCUCCAGAGAGAACAUGAGCAGUUUCAGCUGGCCAUAGAGAAGACACACCAGAGUGCCCUCCAAGUGCAGCAGAAGGCAGAGGUUUUACUGCAGGCCGGGCACUAUGAUGCUGAUGCCAUCCGUGAAUGUGCAGAAAAAGUGGCCUUACAUUGGCAGCAACUCAUGCUAAAGAUGGAGGACCGGCUGAAACUGGUUAAUGCCUCUGUUGCUUUCUAUAAAACUUCAGAGCAGGUUUGCAGUGUGCUGGAGAGUUUGGAGCAGGAAUAUCGAAGAGAUGAAGACUGGUGUGGAGGUCGGGAUAAGCUGGGGCCAGCAUCUGAAAUAGAUCAUGUUAUCCCCUUAAUCAGCAAACAUCUGGAACAGAAGGAAGCCUUUCUCAAGGCCUGCACACUAGCACGAAGGAAUGCAGAAGUGUUUCUCAAGUACAUUCAUCGAAACAAUGUCAGCAUGCCAGGAGUAGUGAGCCAUACCAGGGGACCUGAACAGCAAGUGAAAGCCAUUCUGAGUGAGCUGCUGCAGAGGGAAAAUCGUGUUCUUCACUUCUGGACUUUGAAGAAAAGGCGACUGGAUCAGUGCCAGCAGUAUGUAGUCUUUGAGCGCAGUGCAAAGCAGGCCUUGGAUUGGAUUCAGGAAACAGGAGAAUAUUAUCUCUCUACUCACAACUCCACUGGAGAAUCAGCAGAUGAAACACAGGAACUUUUGAAAGAAUAUGGAGAAUUCAAAGUACCUGCCAAGCAAACCAAGGAGAAAGUAAAGCUUCUCAUUCAGCUGGCCGAUAGCUUUGUAGAGAAAGGACAUACACAUGCCACUGAAAUUAGGAAGUGGGUUACCACUGUUGACAAGUGCUAUCGGGAUUUUUCACUGAGAAUGGGAAAGUACCGCUACACUUUGGAAAAAGCUCUUGGGAUCAAUACAGAGGAUAAUAAAGACCUGGAGUUGGACAUCAUUCCAGCAAGUCUGUCUGAUCGUGAAGUGAGGCUACGUGAUGCCAGUCAUGAAGCCAAUGAAGAGAAGAGAAAGUCAGCCAGAAAAAAAGAGUUUAUCAUGGCUGAAUUGCUUCAGACUGAAAAGGCCUACGUCAGGGACUUGCAUGAAUGUUUAGAGACCUACCUUUGGGAAAUGACAAGUGGAGUAGAGGAGAUACCACCAGGGAUUCUGAACAAGGAACACAUAAUAUUUGGGAACAUCCAGGAGAUAUAUGAGUUUCAUAAUAACAUUUUUCUAAAAGAACUGGAAAAAUACGAACAACUCCCUGAAGAUGUUGGUCACUGUUUUGUCACCUGGGCGGAUAAGUUUCAGAUGUAUGUUACCUACUGUAAAAACAAACCUGACUCCAGCCAAUUGAUCCUAGAGCACGCAGGAACGUUCUUUGAAGAAAUUCAACAAAGGCAUGGUCUGGCCAACUCCAUUUCCUCAUACUUAAUCAAACCUGUCCAGAGGAUUACAAAGUAUCAACUUUUAUUGAAGGAGCUUUUAACAUGCUGUGAAGAAGGAAAAGGAGAGCUCAAGGAUGGUUUGGAAGUGAUGCUCAGUGUCCCUAAGAAAGCCAAUGAUGCCAUGCACGUAAGCAUGCUGGAAGGAUUUGAUGAAAAUUUGGAUGUUCAGGGAGAACUGAUUCUUCAGGAUUCAUUCCAAGUAUGGGACCCUAAAUCUCUCAUCCGGAAGGGUCGUGAGAGACAUUUGUUUCUCUUUGAAAUCUCUCUAGUUUUCAGCAAAGAGAUAAAAGAUUCUACAGGACAUACUAAAUAUGUUUACAAGAACAAAUUACUGACCUCAGAACUGGGAGUAACAGAGCAUGUGGAAGGAGAUCCAUGCAAGUUUGCCUUGUGGUCUGGACGGACUCCCUCCUCAGAUAACAAAACAGUGCUAAAAGCAACCAGCAUUGAAACCAAACAAGAAUGGAUUAAAAAUAUUCGAGAAGUGAUACAGGAAAGGAUUAUACAUCUAAAAGGAGCUUUGAAAGAACCAAUCCAGCUCCCUAAAACCCCAGCAAAGCAAAGAAACAACAGUAAGAGAGAGGGAGGAGAAGAUGCUGACAGCCAAGGAGACGGGAGUAGUCAGCCUGACACAAUUUCAAUUGCAUCCAGAACUUCUCAGAAUACAGUAGACAGUGACAAGCUGUCUGGAGGAUGUGAACUAACUGUGGUGCUGCAAGACUUUGUUGCCAGUCAUAGCAGCGAACUGAGCAUCCAGGUGGGACAGACUGUGGAGUUACUCGAAAGGCCAAGUGAACGGCCAGGCUGGUGUCUGGUACGGACCACGGAACGGAGUCCACCUCAGGAAGGUCUGGUCCCCAGCAGUGCUCUCUGCAUCUCCCAUUCCCGGAGCAGUGUAGAAAUGGACUGCUUCUUCCCAUCAGGAAAAGAUACCUAUUCCACCUCCUCCAAUGAAAAUGGAGCAAAAUCUGAUUCUGUGGCCAAUUUACAGCCUCACUCGUCCCUUAAUUCCAUCCAGAGCUCCCCUGGUCCAAAGCGUUCAACCAACACCCUGAAAAAAUGGCUAACAAGCCCUGUACGCCGACUGAACAGUGGGAAGGCUGACAGCAACAUCAAAAAACAAAAGAAAGUACGUGAAGGAAGGAAGAGCUUUGACUUAGGUUCCCCCAAGCCUGGAGAUGAAACUACACCUCAGGGAGACAGUGCCGAUGAGAAGAGCAAGAAAGGUUGGGGGGAAGAUGAACCAGAUGAAGAAUCUCAUACACCACUUCCUCCUCCAAUGAAGAUUUUUGAUAAUGAUCCUACACAAGAUGAGAUGUCUUCCUCUUUGCUAGCUUCUCGACAGACCAGCUCUGAUGUCCCAACUGCUGCAGAUCUUGUCAGUGCAAUAGAAAAAUUGGUCAAAAGCAAGCUGACAUUAGAAGGAGGCUCCUACCGAGGAAGCUUAAAGGAUAGUACUGGAUGCCUGAAUGAAAGUGUGACACCUUCAACUCCUCCUUCAAGAAACUUUGAAGAGGAACAAAAAGCCAAAGCUAUGAGAGGCAGGAUGUUUGUUCUAAAUGAACUGGUACAAACGGAGAAAGACUAUGUCAAAGACUUAGGAACUGUGGUGGAGGGAUUCAUGAAAAGAAUAGAAGAAAAAGGUGUGCCUGAAGAUAUGAAAGGGAAAGACAAGAUUGUAUUUGGAAACAUUCACCAGAUCUAUGAUUGGCACAAAGAUUUUUUUCUUGCUGAACUGGAAAAGUGCCUUCAGGAGCAUGACCGUUUAGCACAGCUCUUCAUCAAACACGAGAGGCGAUUACACAUGUAUGUGGUGUACUGUCAAAAUAAACCAAAAUCAGAAUAUAUAGUAGCUGAAUGUGGUACAUAUUUUGAGGAGGUGCAACAAGAAAUAAACCAGCGGUUAACUCUCAGUGACUUCUUAAUUAAGCCCAUUCAAAGAAUAACCAAGUACCAGUUGCUUCUCAAGGAUUUCCUGAAAUACAGUGAAAAGGCUGGAUUGGAGUGCUCCGAGAUAGAGAAAGCUGUAGAGUUGAUGUGCCUUGUUCCUAAACGCUGCAAUGACAUGAUGAAUCUAGGACGACUGCAGGGCUUUGAGGGCAAGCUGGCAGCUCAAGGGAAAUUGUUGCAACAGGAUACAUUCUAUGUAACAGAGCAGGACUCUGGAGGGUUGUCUCGGCCAAAGGAACGCAGAGUUUUCCUCUUUGAGCAAAUAGUCAUCUUUAGUGAACUACUCAGGAAAGGCUCUUUAACACCUGGGUACCUGUUUAAGCGGAACAUAAAGAUGACAUACCUAAUACUUGAGGAGAAUGUGGACAACGAUCCUUGCAAAUUUGCUCUCCUGAAUCGGGAAACAUCAGAAAGGCUCAUUUUGCAGUCUGCCAAUCCUGAAAUCCAACAAGCUUGGGUACAGGAUAUCAAUCAAGUACUUGACACACAGAGGGACUUCUUAAAUGCAUUACAGUCUCCUAUAGAGUAUCAGCGCAAAGAAAGCAGCAGCUCAGCUCUAAUGAGACCCCAGACCAGCCGGGCACCUCAACCCAUCACCAGACCCUAUUCCUCAGGCCCUGUAGGAUCUGAUAAAACUUCAAAGGCUACAAUGCGCAACCCAUCUCUUCCACCUCUGAAGAUAUCUACCUCCAAUGGUAACACAGGGCAUGAACAGCACCAGCCUGGGGACAAAUAUGAACAGAGCAAGAAUGACUUGGGUGGGUGCAAUGGAACCUCUUCUAUGGUGGUCAUCAAAGAUUACUAUGCAUUAAAGGAGAACGAAAUCUGUGUCAACCAGGGUGAAGUGGUCCAAGUACUUGCCAUUAACCAGCAGAACAUGUUUCUUGUGUACCAGCCUGCCAAUGACCACUCACCAGCAGCAGAAGGAUGGAUCCCAGGGAAUAUCUUGGCUCCCCUCACUAAAUCAACUACAGAUAAUAGCGACGGAAGCAUAAAGUAAGUGCUGUGUUGGAUUCCCAGGGAGCAGUGUGUGGAUUUUUGAGGAAAAAUUAAACACAAAUGGUAGGAUUUUCCUACUUUUUUUCUUAGAUCUUCAGUGCCAUUGGAACAAACUAUGUUUGAUAACACAGCAUGGGGUAUCCAUCUUGGGAUAGUUGGUUUUUUGUUGGUUUUUUUGUGUGUCCCCCCCCCAUAAUUUAUAAAUAAUUAAAAUCCAUAGACAGGUUUAAAAGCAUGGCUUAUGUUUUCCAUCUUUUCCUAAUUAUGGACCUAAUUGGACUGGAUUUCUAUUUAUCUUGUGUUUAAAUAACGUGUGUGUGUAUGUGUGUAGACACAUACACACAUAUGUGAAUGUGAGAGGGUGUGUAUGUAUAUAUGUGUGUGUGAGAUAGAAAAAAACAAAACAACAUUGCCCUCUUGUAUGGAUUGAGUCCUGCUUCUCAAGAAAGAGAUUUUAUGUUGUCUAUGGCAAUUUCUUGUACAGUUUGUAACAUUUUCAUUUUGGUUUUUUUCUGUUCACAUAUUUUGUAUAAAAAAAAAAAUUUCUGUUUGAUAAAUCCCUUUUGCAGUACAUUCCUGUAAAAAGUAUUUUGCACUAUUGAAAAAACCCAUAUUUGAAGUCAGAUUGUGCAAUAUUAUGGAUAGUCGCAAUGUUCAUCAUUGUACCUGUAAUGUAACUAAUAAUUUUAAAUGUACUAUUUUAAAUAUGUAAAAUAAAUUUUCACUAUGAGCAUGUUUUGAGAAGAUUAUAAAAG